CGUUUCAGAUAGAGAGCCAUAGAGCGAGUACUGGAUUAAUUAAAUAACCAGCAGCGCCUUUGUUUCAAAAUCAUUUAAAUUAAAAGUUUCAUUUUCAAUUAUUUUAAAAGUAAACGUAUCAAAUUCAAAAAUGAAAACGCUUAUCUUUGUAUUUGCUUUAUUUGUGGCCGUAUUUGCAGCACCACAAACUCUACUAACGCCAACAAUCAUCACAGCUCAAUCGCCUGUUAUCAGUCAAUAUCAUUCACAAGACACACUUGGACAGUACAGUUACGGAUACAAUGGUGGAUCGUCUGCUAAAGUUGAAUCAAAAUCGAUUGACGGCAUCACACGUGGAUCAUACUCAUAUGUUGAUGCUGAGGGUCGCCUUCAAACCGUUGAAUACACGGCCGAUUCAGUUAACGGUUUCCGAGCAGCCGCAACAAAUUUGCCAAAAGCCUCAUUGAAUGGCAUAAGUGAUACGCCAGAAGUUGCCCAAGCCAAAGCUGAACAUUUCCGUGCUUUUAAUGAAGCUUCACUACGUGCGGCCGCUGAACCAGAAAAUCCACCACAAAUUACACAAAUUGCCGCAGCUCAACCACCACAAAUUCUCGCCGUACGUACAUCCGCACCAGGUUCAUUCUCAUACUCAUUCAAUACACCAGCAUUCGGUCCACCUCAAUUGAUCGCUCGUACAGUGCCAUUGAAUCAAUUAGCCAUUUUAAAUGACAACAACAAUGAUAAUAACAAUGGACCACAAGAUACACCCGAAGUCGCCUUGGCCAAAAUUGAACAUCUCAAAGCAGUCGAAGAACAAAAGGCUCGCAUCGCUGCAGCUCAAUAGGAUGCAUUCAAAUUUCAUUGCGGUUUUGGAAAACAAUGGGGAAAAAACAUAAAGUAUUAGCUACGCGAAGAAUAUUUUUACAUCAUCCCAUUGAUCGAUUGUGAUCUAUCUAAAAAAAAAAAUCUAUCUAUCUUUCCUCAGUAGACGAAAAUAACAUUUUUUUUUGUAUUGGUUCAUUUUAAAACAGAGUGAAUAGCAUGUGUUAUUACCAAUUUAACGUAAAUAAAUAAUUGAAUGAAAUCUGCAAACUAAAUAAAAAUUAAAAAAAUA